AGUAGUAUUGAUUAUGCGCCUGCUGGUGUCUGUUCAAUGUGAUUUAAUAUAAUAAUCCAAGAAAUGGAAAUAUUCCUUAAUUUCAUAUUUCCAUAUUGUGUCGGCUUUUGAAUCUUUUUUUUUUGGUUCUGUAAGACUGUUCUGAAGAAACCCUAGACAAAAAGCUCUGUCCGAUUCCUCUAUAUUCAUAACACCUACGUUUUUAUUUUACGACAGAUAUGUUGAGUUCUGCUCCUUCAGUCACAAAUCUCUUGACAACACCUAACAACGUGAUCCAGAUAGUUGAUAUGGUUGAAUCAAACCACUUGUUAAGUGGGAAGGAGACUCUUUGCUUCUCCACCAGGCAUCACAAGAGUUUCCCAUUAUCACUUACUCAGAUGAAGAUCAGAGUUCCGAGAACCUUAGCUUUUGCCUCCGCGAAAGGAAAAGGCAAAGCUGAAAGACAAGUGGAGGCUAUCGUUGGUGAUAAUGCCUCCAAAGAACUUAACUGGAGUUUCGACUUUCCUGACUCUAAACCUGAGUUUUCUCUUCUCCACUCAGAGGAUUACCAAAACAUUUCUACUGUUCUUGAAAAACUCAAUGCUCUUCGCUCACAUCUAUUAGCAGCAGAGAAGUGGAACGCUUCUAGACUUCAGUCAUGUGACAGAAAAUAUCUGGAAUGUGCUACUAACUUAAUUCAUUAUAUGGCUUUGAGGUCAUUGGACACUGAGCAGCUCAAUAGUUAUCUUACUUCUCUUGGUCUCUCAAGUUUAGACAACAACGAUCUGUCUCUUCUCUCUAACCUCGAAGCAACCAUUAAUCUGUUGAUGAAGUCUCCUAUGGAAUCCCGGAAGCUUCCGGAGAAGGGUAUGACUAUUAAGAAGAAUGAAGGAAAGGUAUCAUCAUUACUUGGUAAGCCUCUCGAGGGGAAAAAAACACAUAUCAUGGUAACUGUUGGUAAAGAAGCAACCGAGAGUGAAACCUUUAUUGCAGACAUUCUUAAAGCUGGCGCUUCUGUUAUCCGUAUAAACUGUGCACAUGGAGACCCCACCAUUUGGGGUGAGAUCAUCAAAAGGGUAAGAAGAACCUCUCAGAUGCUUGAGAUGCCGUGCCGCGUUCUUAUGGACUUAGCUGGACCAAAACUGAGAACUGGCACCUUAAAACCCGGUCCAUGCGUGAUGAAAGUUUCGCCUAAGAAAGAUGCUUUCGGAAACGUGGUUUCUCCUGCUCUUGUAUGGCUCUCUGUAACAGGAACAGAGCCUCCUGCUCACCUUUCCCCUGACGCUACUAUAUUCGUGCGAGACCAGGAGUUUCUUGCUGGUCUCCGAACUGGUGAUUCUGUAAGACUAUGUGACGCUAGAGGGAAAAAGAAAGUGCUUAGGAUCUCAAAAGAGUUUGAUGUUUUCUCCAGUACUGGUUUUGUGGCUGAGUGUUUGGAUACUGCUUAUGUUGAGUCUGGAACUGAGUUAUACGUUAAGGGAAAGAAAGGGAGACGUUUGUUUGGUCAAGUAGUGGAUGUUCCUCCCAAGGAAUCUUUUGUAAGGCUCAGAGUGGGUGACUUGCUAGUCAUAACCAGAGAAGGAUCUUUUGAUGAACCUUCUGUGACUGUUCCAGGAGCUCAUAGGCUGACUUGUCCUUCAGGUUACUUGUUUGAUUCAGUCAAGCCAGGAGAAACCAUUGGUUUUGAUGAUGGGAAAAUCUGGGGAACAAUCAAAGGAGCUAGCCCUUCAGAGGUUAUUGUCUCCAUCACUCAUGCUGGUCCAAAAGGUACGAAACUAGGAUCUGAGAAGUCUAUAAACAUUCCUCAGAGUGACAUCCGUUUCAAAGGCCUUACUUCAAAAGAUAUCAAAGAUCUUGAAUAUGUAGCUUCGCAUGCUGACAUGGUUGGCAUUUCAUUCAUACGUGAUGUCCAAGAUAUAUCAGUUCUUAGACAAGAGCUCAAGAAAAGGAAACUUAAUGAUCAGCUUGGUAUUGUUCUCAAAAUUGAAACGGAAAGUGGGUUUGAGCAUCUGCCCUUGAUUCUUUUAGAGGCGAUGAAGUGUUUAAACCCUUUGGGAGUUAUGAUAGCUCGAGGUGAUCUCGCGGUUGAAUGUGGAUGGGAGAGAUUAGCUAAUAUACAGGAAGAGAUUCUAGCUAUCUGCAAAGUUGGUCGAGUACCGGUGAUUUUGGCUACUCAGGUUCUUGAAUCACUUGUUAAAUCUGGUGUUCCAACUAGAGCUGAGAUCACAGAUGCUGCAAAUGGCAGAAGGGCGAGCUGUGUGAUGUUGAACAAAGGAAAGCAUAUAGUUGAAGCUGUUUCGAUGCUGGACACUAUCCUUCAUACCAAGCUUAUCUAUAAGAAACCGAACCCUGAAAAUCUACAUUGAUGUGCUGCUUAUCACUAGGAAGAGAACUUGUAGUCUGCUUGGCCAGUCCAUGAACUAAGUCCUAGUUGGAAUAUUGUGUCUUCUGGAGCUGCUGUAGUUUCACGCGCAGGGUUAGACCGGUUCAUAAUGCCGGUUAUGCAAUGGAACCUGUAGCCUUGGAAUAUUUGGUUGUUAUUAUAUUCAUCAUAUAGUCCUAUAAGAGGUUUUAGUGGAAACCUAAUAUGUUUUUAGCAUAUGAACAAAUCAUAUUGAUUAUCAGCGAUACUAACAUAGAAAAUUUUGGCCUCUUCAA